CUGCUAAAUGAACACAUUAGAUGAAGUCAGACUGGCGAAGAAACAGUCAUCCAGGGCAAUGUACAGAGGAGAUGGGAGAGGCAGCGCUGGGGGAUGGAGGGAUCGAGGACAACAGAGGAGCAGUUCAUGCAAAUACCAGGGCACGACCUUCAACAUCAGCAGGAGGGAGCUCACGGGGUCAAAGUGCGCGGUGUGCUCCGGUGGAGGUCUCCGGAAGUCGUGCUCUUCUUCUGUGGUGCUGAGGGGCCUGGAGGCCACGCCCGUGGAGAUCAGCUGCCUAGCCCUGAGGAGCUCUUCACCGUCAGAGUCAGUACAGACAAAAGUAUCAUUGUGUGCCUUCAGCUCCUGCAGGGAGGAGGUCAGACAGACAGAUUUAGGCAGCAGGCCUCUGCAGGGCUUCGCCCGGACCUUCUCCUGGACGCUGAGGGCUUCCGGUCCUGGGGCCUUCUCCUGGACGCUGAGGGCUUCCGGUCCUGGGGACUUCUCCUGGACGCUGAGGGCUUCCGGACCCGGGGCCUUCUCCUGGACGCUGAGGGCCUCCGGACCCGGGGCCUUCUCCUGGACGCUGAGGGCUUCUGGACCCGGGGCCUUCCUCCUGGACUUCUCCCCCACAGGACUGACCCAGAUCCAGCCUGCGCAGGCCUGUCCCGACCAGCACACCUACUCCCUCCAGGCCUUCCAGAGCACGGGGGCGGUGGUUCUGGGAGCUUACUGUGGAGGAGGCUCCGUGAGCGGGGUGCAGCUCCCGCGUCUGGGCCAGCUGUCCCUGGAGAUCCCAGGCAGGGGGGCGCUGAAGCCAGACGUUUUACCCGUGGUUGUCGGAGAGGACGUCAAAUCCCUCGCCGUCGUCACGGUAACCGCUCCCGGAGGGACCUCGUCCACGGAGCUGUUCUCCCCAAAUUACCCUGACGGUUUCCCUGACGACGACCUGAUGGAGUGGCGAUUGGCGGCCCAGCCCAGAUACAGCAGCUCCAUCACCUUCCUGGGUGUCUCAGGGCGGCGCUGCCUGAAGAAAGAGGCCGGGGUGGGGUACCAACGGAGCGGCUCAGGGGUCCUGGGCCUGGGCCUGGACGACCCCCAGCCCACCAGGCUACCAGGCUCCUUCUCCCUGACCCUGAGGAACUGUGAAGUGGACCUGAAGCAUCCUGGACUCUCCCUGCACCUCCUGGUGUCCACCACCAGGGGGAGCCCUCCAGGGGGGACAGUGGGGGGGCCCGCCAAUUGUAUCAGGGUGGCCGUGUCCCCCCUGGCCCCCCCCCUGGUGGCACCACUGCCCACUCGCUCCUGCUCCUCCAUGCAGCGCUGUGCAGGUCUGACCUCCUGCAGGAGGCCACAGCUCUGUCAGCAGCGUCGCUCUGCUCACCUUCCAGUCCUGCCUCCCUCACCACCUCCUGCUCACAGCCAGCAAGCUCACAGAAUGCAGCGUUCUGAAAGACUGUCCAGCUGUGCCGUUGAAGACCCCCCCAUGCCCUCGUGCCUCCCCGCCACCCUGAACCUCAUCACCUGGCUGGUCCGCCGCCCCCGGCACGCCCCGGUGGAGCUGCUCCCUGGUGGAGGGCUGACGCAAAUACACCCUGGAGACCACCAUCAAUGCCAUGGCAACGUCACGCUCACAGUUGCCGAGGGCGAUGGGACCCCCAUAGGCCACUUCUGCCCCCAGGGGGGGGUCGGUAAGGUGCAGGUGCAUGCCAACGUGACCAUCACAGCCACUGCCCUCGAGGGGAGGGACUUACGUCUGACCUCUGACCCCGUGAUCAACAUCAGCUUCAGCCAGAGGAUCUCUGGUAACAACCUUCUUUAUCAAUGUUUACAAGAGUCACAGUAUACAGUCCAGAUAAUACCUUCAGCACAAGCAGGAAAAGAGUACACUUUAAUCAAGUUAACAUUAGUAAAUGAUACCUUGAUGGGAAUAAAUGCAUUUUCAUUAUAUUUAUAUUGGAAGUACUUCAAAUGUACAGAUUUUUGCGUGUGUGUCUGUGCGGGGUGUGUGUGUGUUUGGGGUGUGUGUGUGUGUUUGGGGUGUGUGUGUGAAUGUGUGUACUCCUCAGACAAGCUCGUGGUGACCAUCCUGGGCGUGGUGGGGGCUCUGCUGGUUGUCAGGGUGACCGGUCUGGCUGUGAUGUUCUUGUUGAGAAGGAAGAAGAAGAAGCAGCUUCCUCCUCGGGUGUCCAUCUACAACCCCAAUGGAACCAGCUUCCUGCCUGGUCUCCACGGCAACCCCAAACUCCACCUUUGACCUGGGGAGGGAGGGAGAGUCUGUCAGCUUCCUCAACCUCUGACCUCUGA